UUCGUUGUUUUAUCUGCUCUUAGGAAGCAGAAAGAGACAUUAAAUUCAAGACAAAGGUCAUAAUAGUGAGGUCCAGUGAUGAAUGACAAAUUUUUGUAAGACAGAUCUAUAGCUGAAGUGCAAACAACAAGCUGUAAAUGAACAUAAAGUGACAGACGGAUAAACGCUAAAAUGUCACAGAAAGAUCAUGAUGAAGACAUAAUUGAUGGAGAAAAUGACACGAGUAUAACAAGUAUUGUUACUCAAACAGAAAUACACCAGAGUAACACUGAUUUGAUAGAUCCCUCUGUACCAAUGGUGCAAAGUACUGUUACUAUAGAAGAAAAUGUUCCAGAGAAAGAUCUGGGCAGGGAAACACUUCAACCAUAUGCUAUGAAUAAGCUAGCUGAAAAUACACUACCGAGUAGACAGUCAGAUUCAGAUCAUUCAACUUUAAUUCCAUCUGCCAUGACAGUUUCUCUCAGUAAAACAAAUGAUGACAAAACUGAUACAAAGGCAAUUGAUGUAGGUGAUAAUAUUAAUGCAAAUACAAAGAAUAAAUUUGACAAUAUCAGAACAAAUACAAUGGCUGGCACAGAUAAUACAAAUAUGGGCAUAAUUGAUGCAAAGGAUAAUCUUGAUACAGAUGUUGACCCAACAGUGAAUAUAACAGAUUAUAAUGUUGCUGAUUAUACCACGAGUCAAGAUGACCAGACAUAUACUUCUGAAGAGACCAACGAAACACCUGCAAAGAGGAUGAAACUCAAUGAUAAUGGAGAUCCAACCAAAUUUGGAACAUCACAAACAAUUGAUAUUGAUAAAGACCAGCAAAGUCAAACUAAAUAUCGACAAAAGGACAAUUUAUCUUCAAAUGAACAGGUCAAGACUAAUACCAGUAUGUUUAUUCCAAGGACUGUGUCUACUGAAUCAAACACCAAAAUAACUAAACCCAAAAUCAGUGAAAAAAUCUCAGUUUCAGAUCAAUAUGUGGAUAGCAUUUGUAAAACAGGAGCUCAUGAAGUCGUAACAAGUAAAAACACAGAGGUUCCCCUUGACGAUGGAAACAAGGAAGACAUGGCUGUUGCUGUUGCAACAGAAGCUGAGAAAAGCAUGGAUAUCAAUGUUCCUAUUGAAACUGAAAAUAGAGUUGAUGAAAUAGAAUAUAGUGUACAAUGGGAUUUCUCGCAGACUGGAAGAUUAGUGGCACAAACUGAUGGAGAAUUCCUGCAUUCUGACAACUUCCUCAAGGGAUGUAAAUGGGCCCCUGAUGGAUCCUGCCUGCUUACCUGCAGCAAUGACAACUCUCUACGUUUGUUCAACCAUCUGCAGGAAUUGAAUGUGAAGUAUUCUGGGAUUGAACCUCUUCCUCUGAAUUCAGUGUUAAAAGUAAAGGAGGGUGAGCUUAUCUAUGAUUAUUGUUGGUACCCUAAGAUGACAUCCUAUGACCCAGCUUCAUCAUUUUUCCUCAGUACCAGUAGGGAUAAUCCUGUGCACCUCUGGGAUGCCUUUACGGGAGAACUGCGCUGUUCUUAUAGAGCAUAUGAUCAUAUGGAUGAACUGACAUCUGCCCAUAGUUUAUGCUUCAGUGAAGAUGGCUCUAAGAUAUAUUGUGGAUUUAAUAAAGCUGUUCGGAUGUUUGAUAUAUCUCGACCUGGCAGAGACUGUAUAUCUAGGCAAACCUUUCAGAGUGAUGCCAAAAUGACAGGUCACAAAGGUAAAGUGGGACAAACUGGUAUCCUUUCAUGCAUAGCUGUCUGCCCUGGGAAGCCUAUGUAUGCUGUAGGGUCUUAUGCAAGGACUAUUGGUCUUUACACAGAGCCAAGGGGGAAGCUGCUUUGUAUGUUUGAUGGCCACACUGGAGGGGUGACUCACAUGAUAUUCUCUAAAGAUGGCAACAGACUCUACAGUGGAGGACGCAAGGACCCGGAGAUUUUAUGUUGGGACAUGAGGAAUCCUGGGAAAAUUCUCUUCACCAUUGAGAGAAACGUCACAACAAACCAACGCAUUUACUUUGACUUUGACAGGGAUGGCCAGUAUAUUGCAUCAGGGGGUCAGGAUGGUAAACUGCAUAUAUGGGACACCCUUGCUACACCCAGUAUAUCUGAUGAAGAUCCUGUGCUACCUCCAAUACUUGGACAGAAUGUACACAGAGACACUGUCAAUGGUGUGAGUUUUCAUCCGAGUCUACCAAUAAUUGCCACUAGUUCUGGUCAAAGACAUUUCAUGACGUCAGAUGGGAGCUCUUCAGAUGAGGAGGAAAAUAUUUUUUCCACUUGUGACAACUCAGUGAGACUUUGGCAGUAUGGGACCAAGUGA